AAAGAACAGAGCAAUUGUUAGCAAUCUAGUUUAGUAUAGACAUCUGUGAUUUCACAUUAGCGCCAUUUUACGUUCAUUUCUCGCAACUCGAUAACAAAUCUAUUGACCGGUAAAAAGCAAAUCUAUUGCACCUAUUGAAGAAAAAGAGAAAACGCGGUUUGAAUCCCUGCUAUUCAAAUUUUUAACCUAACGUGAAUGUGCGUAAUGCUUCGCGUGUGACUGCGACGAAAAUUUAAUCGAAUUCAAUUUGAGAUGCAGACCACCGAUGAUCAAAUAGAUGAGACUGUACAAUUCCAGCCGUAUAAUGAUAACACCCUUGAGACAGCACGAGUGGGAUUACGAGAAGCUACUUUAGCAAAAAGAAAGAAGGAUCGUACGUCCGCUUGGAAUAAAAAUCGCGCAAGUUUGGGAGAAUCUUCCAAGAACGAAUUCUUUUCAAUUGAUUACGUUAACGAAAGGGCAAAGCUUCUUAGGAAAAAGAGAAUAUCCUGCGAGGAUUACAGAUAUUUGCCUAAUGUUCUUAUUCAGUGUGAGGAAAAUAUUAAUUCCUUCUUAAAAAUUGAUCAAAACUUAUCAGGCUUGAUACGUGAUCUUUCUGGCGGUAAUCCAACUCUCCAAUUAUACGCAGCAAAUUGCUGCUGUAACAUUGCUCUUGGAAAUACAAAAGCCUGUACUGCGCUAGGAAAAGCUGUUGUCCCAUAUCUGCUUACUGAACUAGAAAGUUUAAACUAUGCUUUGCUGGAUGUGUGUAUUUGGACAAUUGGUAAUUUGAUCGCAGGAAGUAAGAAGGCUUUCUUUGUUCUACAUGCCCAAAACUGUCUAAAGCAUCUAAUUUUAUUAUUGAACAAUUGUGAUGAUACGAUUCUUUCUUCUGUGAUAUAUGCAAUUUUACACUAUGUACAUGUAGGAUUUUAUGAGAUAUCAGAAAAGGAGAUGCUGGAACUUAUUCAUGCUACUCUAAAGCAAAAUCUUCUGUACAAAGAUCCAAAUUUUGCUUGGUUGUUAGCUCUGCUGUCCUCUUCAACUGUAUUUGCUACAUAUCCAAAUCUUUUGCACUCGUCCAUUUUGUCGCAGAUUGUCGAUCGUCUUCAUUGUUGCAGCUUAGAUAAGACAAUUAAUGUCUUUAACACUACAGAGAUUACAGCAUCUGUACGUAUAUUGGCUAAUAUGUUACAUAACUCUCACGAGGAUAAAACAAACAUUCUUCUGAGGAAUUCAAAAUAUUCACAGGAAGAUCUGUGUAUUUUAUUGAAUACAUUAUUAUCGCAUCAAUAUAUACAUAUCAGAAAGGAAGCUCUCUGGUUAAUAGGAAAUUUGUACAAUCACAAGUCACUCAGUACUAGUCAAUAUAUAAGAGACAUUAUACCUUUCUUAUCGUCAUUGGAUCAGGCUAUCUUGUCAAUUGGAAAAUGUGCAUGAAACAAAAUGUAAGGGAUCUCCUUUAAGAAAGUGACUAUAAAAUUACAAUUCAGAAAAGUGCGUAUCAGACAAUAUAUAAAUCCCAUGCUGUAUAAAUAUAGUAUAAAAAAUGUCGUAUCCUUCAAAUAAUACUUAUAAUGACUAAUUUUGUCAAUUUCCAUAAAGUGUGGUAAGCCUUUGAACGACGUCAUGGCGUGCUGUGUUGUGUAAUUUGUAUAUAAAGACCAUAUAUAUAAUUAAUAUCCUUCACAACUAAUACUCUCUCUUCACAGGUACAAAUUUUCUUAACGGUUCCGAGGAGAUGGUGUGUCGUAUGUCUUCUAUACAUUCCACCUUGACGAUAUUGAAAUAAAUUUGCCCCAGUAGAUUCGCCGUUGGAUGGUUGGCAGCCUUCAAGCACUGAUAAAGCGCCUUGUCGCAAGUACAAUGUGACCUGUAAAUGGUGAAACGUUUAAAACUGAAUGUGUGAGAGUAACAAUUUUGAAACUCCGUCGAACGGUAGAUCUUAAUAUUGGAACGUAGAUCCUAAUAUUGUGUUAGGUAAUUAAUGAUCUAAUGAGAUGAGAAUUAACAAUUGAAAUAAAAGAAUACACAGUGACAUGGUCACAAAACACAUUACGGUAAAAAUGUUUUUUUCGCUCUUGUCGCGGAAAACGCGGUGAUUUAUAUUUGAAGUUCAACUAAUGAGCUCUUACUUGGUGUACAGGGAAUAAUUCGUGAGAUUGUAACGGGUCUGUUGAGCACGGAUCUUUAUAGGACAGAGAUCGUGGGUACGACAGCAUCUGAAAAGCAAAUUUGACAAUUCUUCAAGUUUCCGAAAAUCGAAAUUUCGUGUCCUUGUGUCUCUCGAUAACGAAAGUAUCUUACCUGUCGACGUAAGGUACGUCGCCCAAGUCGUGAUAAUUCUCAGCUAUGUCACCCGUACCGCACCAUUUCGUUCCUAGAAUACGGAUUAACCUUUGUUAACGAGUUCGGCCAGAGAUUACGUGAUUCAUUAGUAAUACGAGUAACUAACCCGGCAGAAUGCCGGAGAGCAAAGUGAUGGAACUUGCGGCUAUGCGAGUCCCUCUGCUCAGUACGUUGGUGGAUAGAGCGGAUGUGGUUUCCACUCGAAUGCUAUCCAACAAUUCGCAUUGUUGCAUGAGUCUUGUAAUCUCCUGAAAUGACACCACUUGUGGAUGUAAAGUCAUAGACAAGUUUCGUAGAACUUCGGUAGCCUCUGAUGGCUUGCUGAAAGAGUCAAUGAUGCAUGUCAAGAUAGUACACUACAAGAAAAAAGUGUGAAGCGCUCCGAAGACUGGUUUUCGAUAGCUUAAACUUUUUUUAGUUACUUGCAUUUUAGGUACGGAAAUCCACUUACUAUACUUCGAUUAUAUUGCAGUCGUGCAACACAUUUCUCGGACCAAGAUCUACCACCGCCACUGUCUGUUCGUGAUAAUAAACAACUCUUAUCUCGUCACUUGCGAGCGCCGUGGAACUCAAGGUGAGGCCGCUCAAACCUUUAAAUGUAUUUCUGAAGAACGUUGGUUGCUGCACGGUUAAACUACAUGUUGACGCGACAAGAAGGAACGUCCGUAAGUCUAACGAAUGCAUCUUUUCUGUCCUUUUUUUUUUACUUUUUUGUUUAAAACAUUGGUUCCCUUCUCGCCGUGAUCACCGUUGCGUGAUCUUGUAUCUUCGUAAAUCCUUCAUAACGUUUUAGAAUCUCUUACAUGACAUACAAAUUCGGAUACCCGUAAACAACAUUCCCCAGUUACUUAAUAAUACUUUAAAGAAAAUUCACAACUUGCACGGGGAACGCUGCAUGCAACUUUCCAUCAUUCGUCUCACUUUUUCGCCAACACUUUGCGAUAUUUCGAACAAAAUCGUCAAACUCACCACGCGACGUUAUUCGAUAUUUUGCUAGGCUUGCGUGAUUUAUGCAAAUGUCUUCGAGUUCUUGAUUUUGCAUGAAAAAUUACUCGGCAAAAAACAAAGCUACCUUUCUCGAGAUCAUCGGUUAGAACCGGUUGGACUGGCUACGAGAAUGAUGUGGACGAGUAUAGAUUAUAUAUAAUUAUAAUAGACACAUUAACCGUCACGGGUAGAAUCGGACUACUAGCCGAUCGAAUGGUGAGCAAUAAUGUGACAGCCGCGCGUACCUACCCUCUCCCAUGGUCGCGAAGUAUCACCUAGUGGCAGCGAUAUACCGGUGGGGAGACCCACAUUCUCGGGGACUAGGGCGAAGAAAGUGGGACGAAACGGUGGAGUACGAUUCCUCGGAUAGUAACGUAAAUCUGUGGACUCUUGACCAUAUUUAAGAGAUCACUGUGAAAAAGAAGAGAAGCGACCAUUCGUCAAUUUAACAAAAGGUACCAACGAUCAAUGUCUCCAAGCACACAUAAAUGUAUUUUCUUACAUCUUCCUAGAAAAACAUUAUACAUACGACACAAGCGCGUUGAAUAAGUUUCGGAAGCGAUGGCAAUUUAUUCUUGUAUAUGUAAAAUAUAAGAUAUUGCGUAUACUUAUGUACUUAUGUAUGAGUGAAAUUUCUCUCGGUCGAAAGAGCUUGUCGACAUUAUUUAUACAACAUGUGUUUUCGCUUUCACACAGUUUACUUGAACCGUUCUGCAUAUGGUAUCACGAAAUUUCGCUUGCAACAAGCGAUAAGUAAUUGCGCAACAGUAAGAUAUGCAAAUUGCUCGACUCUUAUCCCAGUUACAAUGAGUGCUCAAACAUGCUGAUGACGUUAAUGUUCUCCUGUAUGUAAUUUUGCUCGACAAACACAAUCCUUAAUAGUGGCCUUGUCUCAGCGAAUGGCACGAAGGGUUCGAUUUGUUCACGGCGCUCGCUGGAUAUUGACCUCCUAUAUGAGUUGUACUCAACGUAAUGCUCACGGGCGUCGCAUUGGACAAUUGUAACCUGACUGGACAUUGCCUAUAUCCUGCAAUAAAUAAUGAAAGAGAUUAUA